AGCCCGGCGCAGGGGAUGAAUGAAGGUGCUGGCUGCAGUUUGAGAAAGUCUCCUCCGCUUUUCCUUCUCUUCAGACUGACUUUUCCCUCUGGGCGGUGUUCCCAUCGUUAUCGAACGACCCGGCUGUGUCCCCGCACUGAGUUCUCGGUGUCCGAAUCCACUCGGGGGUACAGCUGGAGUUUAGGGAUCCGGAUAAUCGCCUAGGCCCGACUUCGGACCGCGCUCUCGAUUUCUGCCGCGUCCCGCCUCUUAAGACGCGGGAUCUGGGUGGGGUCCUGAGUGUCUCGAGAGUAGAUCUUCAGGCAUCAGGUUCAACAGUGAUGGAGUGUACCAGCCUUCAGUUUGUCAGCCCUUUUGCUUUUGAGGCAAUGCAGAAGGUGGAUGUUGUUCGCCUGGCCUCUUUAAGUGACCCGGAAUUAAGACUUCUCCUGCCCUGCUUGGUGCGGAUGGCACUUUGUGCUCCUGCUGACCAGAGCCAAAGCUGGGCUCAGGAUAAAAAACUUAUCCUUCGCCUUUUGUCUGGAGUGGAAGCCGUCAACUCUAUCGUUGCAUUAUUGUCUGUAGACUUUCAUGCUUUAGAACAAGAUGCCAGCAAAGAACAGCAGCUUAGGCAUAAACUUGGAGGAGGUGGUGGAGAGAGCAUCCUGGUAUCGCAGCUUCAGCAUGGUUUGACUCUAGAAUUUGAACACAGUGAUUCACCUCGUCGAUUGCGACUUGUGCUUAGUGAGCUGUUGGCGAUUAUGAACAAGGUAUCUGAGUCCAAUGGAGAAUUUUUUUUCAAGUCUUCUGAACUCUUUGAGAGUCCUGUGUAUUUGGAGGAAGCUGCAGAUGUACUUUGUAUUUUACAAGCAGAACUCCCUUCUCUGCUUCCUAUUGUUGAUGUAGCUGAAGCCUUACUACACGUUAAAAAUGGUGCCUGGUUCUUAUGUCUCUUAGUGGCCAAUGUUCCUGAUAGUUUUAAUGAAGUUUGUAGGGGCUUGAUCAAAAAUGGAGAACGACAAGAUGAAGAAAGUCUUGGAGGAAGGCGCAGGACAGAUGCCUUACGCUUCUUAUGUAAAAUGAACCCUUCUCAGGCCCUCAAGGUCCGAGGCAUGGUGGUGGAAGAAUGUCACUUGCCAGGUCUUGGAGUAGCUUUGACAUUGGAUCAUACUAAAAAUGAAGCGUGUGAAGAUGGAGUGAGUGACUUAGUUUGUUUUGUUAGUGGUUUGCUUCUUGGAACAAAUGCAAAAGUCCGGACUUGGUUUGGAACUUUUAUCCGAAAUGGACAGCAGAGAAAAAGAGAGACCAGCAGUUCUGUCCUUUGGCAAAUGAGAAGGCAGCUUCUCCUGGAGCUAAUGGGCAUUCUUCCCACUGUACGGAGCACCCGCAUUGUGGAAGAGGCUGAUGUGGAGAUGGAGCCCACUGUGUCCGUGUACUCAGGCCUGAAAGAAGAGCAUGUGGUGAAGGCCAGCGCACUCCUACGUCUCUACUGUGCUUUGAUGGGGAUUGCCGGACUCAAACCAACUGAAGAAGAAGCUGAACAAUUACUUCAACUGAUGACAAGCCGUCCUCCUGCCACCCCUGCUGGGGUUCGCUUUGUCUCACUUUCCUUUUGUAUGCUGCUGGCCUUUUCUAUGCUUGUCAGCACACCUGAACAAGAGCAGCUAAUGGUUGUAUGGCUAAGUUGGAUGAUAAAAGAAGAAGCUUACUUUGAGAGUACAUCAGGCGUGUCUGCAUCUUUUGGGGAGAUGUUGUUGCUGGUGGCUAUGUACUUCCAUAGCAACCAGCUUAGUGCUAUCAUUGACCUCGUCUGUUCCACUUUGGGGAUGAAGAUCGUAAUUAAACCAAGCUCCUUGAGCAGGAUGAAGACUAUCUUUACACAGGAGAUUUUUACUGAGCAGGUUGUCACAGCUCAUGCAGUUCGGGUCCCUGUCACUAGCAACCUGAGUGCUAACAUUACUGGUUUUUUGCCUAUUCAUUGUAUUUAUCAGCUUCUCAGGAGUCGUUCCUUUACCAAGCACAAAGUGUCAAUAAAAGAUUGGAUUUAUAGACAGCUGUGUGAAACCUCUACUCCACUCCAUCCUCAGUUACUUCCUCUGAUCGAUGUGUACAUCAAUUCUAUUCUUACUCCUGCAUCUAAAUCGAACCCUGAAGCCACAAACCAGCCAGUCACUGAACAGGAAAUACUCAAUAUUUUCCAGGAAGUCAUUGGGGGUGACAGCAUCCGCCUUAACCAGCGUUUCAGUAUCACAGCGCAGCUUUUGGUGCUCUACUAUAUACUGUCUUAUGAGGAAGCGCUCCUGGCAAACACAAAGACCUUGGCUGCCAUGCAAAGGAAACCCAAAUCAUAUUCUUCUUCUUUAAUGGAUCAGAUUCCUAUCAAAUUCCUUAUUCGACAAGCUCAAGGACUGCAGCAGGAACUGGGAGGGUUACAUUCAGCUUUACUACGUCUCCUUGCAACUAAUUACCCACAUUUAUGUAUUGUGGAUGACUGGAUCUGCGAAGAAGAAAUCACAGGAACUGAUGCCCUAUUAAGACGAAUGCUCCUGACUAAUAAUGCCAAAAUUCACUCUCCCAAACAACUCCAAGAAGCAUUCUCAGCUGUCCCAGUAAGUCAUACUCAAGUGAUGCAGAUUAUAGAACACUUGACUCUGCUCUCUGCCAGUGAACUUAUACCAUAUGCAGGAGUAUUAACAUCCAAUAUGAACCAGCUGCUGAACUCAGGGGUUCCGCGGAGAAUUCUUCAAACAGUCAAAAAAUUAUGGAUGGUUCUUAAUACUGUGAUGCCUAGAAGGCUGUGGGUGAUGACAGUUAAUGCACUUCAGCCUUCCAUAAAGUUUGUACGACAACAGAAGUAUACUCAGAAUGACCUCAUGAUAGACCCACUCAUUGUGCUCAGGUGUGAUCCCAGGGUUCACAGGUGCCCCCCAUUGAUGGAUAUUACUCUACAUAUGUUGAAUGGUUAUCUUCUUGCAUCUAAAGCCUACCUUAGUGCUCAUUUGAAGGAAACAGCAGAGCAAGAUAGACCUUCCCAGAAUAAUACAAUAGGUUUAGUUGGACAAACUGAUGCCCCAGAAGUUACCAGAGAAGAACUGAAAAAUGCAUUACUGGCUGCACAGGAUAGUGCAGCUGUCCAGAUUCUCUUAGAGAUUUGUUUGCCUACAGAAGAGGAAAAAGCAAAAGGUGUCAGUCCAGACAGCUUGCUCAGGAGUGUUCAAAGUGUUAUUACCACCAGCAUGCCAAAUAAAGAAUUGGAAGAAGGAGAAGACAACUUGCUGUGCAACCUUCGAGAAGUUCAGUGCCUUAUCUGUUGUCUGUUGCACCAGAUGUACAUCGCAGAUCCCAAUAUUGCUAAGCUUGUGCACUUUCAGGGUUACCCCUGUGAGCUUUUGCCUCUGACAGUCGCAGGUAUCCCAUCUAUGCACAUCUGUCUGGAUUUUAUCCCUGAGCUUAUUGCACAGCCAGAACUUGAGAAACAGAUAUUUGCUAUCCAGUUGCUUUCUCACUUAUGUAUCCAGUACGCAUUACCGAAGUCACUUAGUGUGGCUCGCUUAGCUGUCAAUGUCAUGGGAACGUUGCUAACAGUUUUAACACAGGCUAAGCGGUAUGCUUUUUUCAUGCCAACUCUCCCGAGUUUGGUCUCUUUUUGUAGAGCGUUUCCUCCGCUGUAUGAGGAUAUUAUGUCUUUGCUGAUUCAAAUAGGGCAAGUGUGUGCCUCUGACGUUGCCACUCAGACAAGAGACAUUGACCCAAUUAUUACACGUCUUCAACAAAUAAAGGAAAAACCAAGUGGAUGGUCUCAAAUCUGUAAAGUGUCGUCUUACAAAAAUGGAUCCAGGGAUGCUGGAAGCAUGGAUCCUGAUGUACAGCUCUGUCAUUGUAUUGAAAGCACAAUAAUUGAAAUAAUAAACAUGAGUGUUAGUGGAAUUUGAAAAAAAAAUUAAAGCAACAACAGUGAAAUGAAGCUGUUUGCUACCUGUACCCAGCACAAAUCUGCAUCUUAAAGUAACUCUAAACUGAAUGGGACAGUAAUGGAACAUUUUUGGAACUGGUGAAAUGGUUCAGUUCAAUAUGAAUACCGUUGAAAACCAUCUAGGAAUUAUGCUUACUUGCAUUUGAUUGACAUAUCUUUGGAUCUCCUCUCCUGGUAUGUUUAUAUUGUAGCACCCAGGUUUCCUCCCCUGCUCCCCUGCCCAAUUGGGAGCACAUUUAAGGACCUUGUUACUGAAAAAGGAAUUUAGCCUUUUGCUUUGCUAUUGAAAUGAAGAAAGACUGUCAUGCCUUUAAUUUAAUUCCUUAUAAAAAUGAUUGUGUGGACAGUUGCAGUUUUUGACUGUGAGGUUUUAGUAGAUUUCCACAAAGAUAGAACGAUAGGAGAGAGAAAAAGGAUCAAAGAAAGGGAAAAGUCAGAAAGAAAUUAGGAGUUACCCAAAUAAAAUGUCAAACUACUUGUAGUGCAAGUAAUAGUGAUGCAGGUUGGAACUCUAAUUCUCAAGAAAUAUUAUUGAGAAGUCUUAAAAAAUAGCUUUUGUUAAUGAUUUCCAUGGAAUUACAGAUAAGGUUUAAAUAUUUCAGAUAUAAGCUUCAAUUUUUACUAAAAUCUGAAGCCAUAUGUUUAAAGAGAUACUUGAAUACUUUGGAAUUUAAGAUACUGGUUUAAAAGUAUCUUCAAAAACAUCUUUGUGAAGAACCUGAAAGGAAGGCUCAUUUAUUUUAUUUUUUAAGAUUUAUUUUUAUAAUGGCUUAUUAACUUAUCUCAUUCUCAGAGGGUGGAGUGUGUAUCAAAUAAAUGAAGUUUAGAGCAAUAAAACCUACUGGAUUAGAUAGCUCAGUUUAUAUCAGGAUUAUAAUUCACAUUUUACUUUGGAGAGAUCUUUGAAUAAGAAAAUAUGCACAGUGUCUGAACCUCAGGAAAAACUAAAAUGUGGGAAAUGCUGUAUUUUGAAGGAUUUUGCAAUCCUAUGUUCAGGUAACCUAUCUUUUUUUUUUUUUUUUUUCCUUUUUCUUUUUUGUGCCAUCUGGGGC